UGAUACGCUCCUCUGAUCAGGAUAAAGGGCACCAUCAGGGUCAUGGGCUAGGUUUGAACUUAAGUUUCAUUUGAGCCAAAACACCAUAGGCCUACCAGCUGAUCCCAUUUAUCAGACAGCUGUCUUUCCAGUUGAUGCUGUACUAACAUCAUUAUCAUUCAUGAGUUAGAUCAGAUGAGUGGCUGGGAGCAUGACUGAACUAGUCUGGACAUCUGCUUUAAUGAGUUGUUUGGUUUUGAAUUUAGUACUCUUGCUUGUCUCAAUAUAAUCGUUAGGGGGCGCUGAUUAAAUCAGCUGCGUAAUGAAUAGGAUGCUUUAUUCUGUUAUAACUGGGUGGUAUCAUCGGUUGUUGGCUAGUUGGCAGUCGACUAAACUAAUCAAAGGGAAAGUCUAACUCUAUUAUCUCUGUUUAAGGGAAGGAAAACAAGGUUUAAUGGACUCCAACAGUGAAGACGGAGAGUACCAACAUUUUGAACAUGCCUUCCUGCACGAUGCAGUCCAGUACAGAGUGAGCUAUCCUCAUGGGAGAAACACAAAACAGGGGGAUUGUGAUAAAAAUGAGGAGUUCAACAAAAAAAGGUUUCCAGUGAGUCGCUCAGGCAACAACCCUGGCAGAGUGAAGCGGGUAGUGUCUUGUAAAAGGAAGACCCAUCAUCUGACGGUGGUUCGAAAGAAGCAGCUCGGGUCUGGGAGAAAUUAUGAUGCGGCAAACAAGGAGAAUGAGAUGAACUGCUUGCAGGACAUGAAACAGGAGAUAUUUGAUAUGGACCUUUGGGAGUUCCCACUUAAUGUCAACAAUAAUGACAGGACAGGGAGAACUGGUUCUGAACAACCCGAGUACUCUACACUCACUGAGCUCACAAGGGAUCAUAACACAAUGACUAAUGUGCUCUUCGGAAGACAUCUAAGGCUCAAAGUAGCCUUAACAUUAUGGCACAGAAAUAUUGGAGAGCUGUUGACAUACUUCCUGAGAAUCCAAGACACUGGUGUGUUUGUUGAUUUUCUCCCCCUGAUAAGCAAAAGCAUCGAUGAGGAUUCUCCCGUGAUUACCAUUGGCUGUUGUGUUGACCUCAUUCCUUUAGUGAGGAAAGUACUCAGCAAUCCAUAUGAAGACUACGUCAUUGUUGGCUUAAAGUGGAUAAAUUCAGUUUUGAAAAACUGGUGGGAGGAACUCAUAGCAAGUGGCUGUAAUGGAUCAACAAAGCUUCCACUGGAUAAAAAUUUCCAAGUCUUUAAUCAGCAGCUAUUGGAAUUAUGGCAUCAGGAGCCUUUAUUGAAAUCAUUUCCUGGACCUGCUGGAGGCAUGGCAAAGGUCAUUGACUCUUUCCUGUCUCAACUCACCUGACAGCAAUGAAGAACCAGAUUACAUCUUUCUCUUUUAGUAACCCCCUCAUGUAGGAGCUGCAGUUGCCUCCACAGAGAGGUGCCAUUAAGAUGUACUGUAGCAGUAAAAUGUUGGUGAAACUUGAUGUAUUUAUUGGUUUUCAGAGUAAUUGAAACAGUUGAAGUACUGACUUGAAAUGUAAAUUAGAUAUGAUUGUAUUCAUUGACCAAGUAGGAUUUUGUUAGGUCAUUUACUGUUUAGUUUCAAUCAUUCCACAGAAACUCUGUCUAUACUUUUGAACACUCCAUUUGUGAUGAAUACAGUUUG